AUGGACAGUAUCCUGGAGCCCUUUCCCGCCGAGCGGCUCUUCCCCGCCGCCGGCGCCGGUUUCCUCGACCUCGGCGACUUCAGCGAGGCAGACUUCCUCAGCAAUGUGCACUUCUCAGAGAACUUGGAUCACUUCCCUGACAACAUGGAGGAUUUCUCCAACGACCUCUUCAGCAGUUUCUUCGAUGACCCAGUACUGGCUGAGAAGAACCCGCUGCUGGACAUGGACCUGGAUCCACCCACUCCAGGCAUCCAGGCAGAGCACAGCUACUCCCUCAGUGGAGACUCUGCUCCCCAGAGUCCCCUCGUGCCUGUCAAGACUGAAGAUAACACUAACGAGCUGGAGAAUGGAGUGUGGUCGCUGGGGCCCAAGCUCUGCUCCAUCAUGGUGAAACAGGAACAGAACCUGGCUCUAGAUCUGCCUGAGUCCCAGCUAGCUGCCAGCUCCAUACCAGUGCUGAACCUCAACCCUCUGCAGAGAAUGCCAGUCCCUGAGGAGACUCCCAUAGAGAUGACUCCAGCACCUGUGAUCAAAGCUGAACCCAAAGAGGUGAACCGGUUUCUAAAUGUACCUGCAGUAGAUGACCUGGUGCAGAUGCCUCCAACUCCACCCAGCAGCCAUGGCAGUGACAGUGACGGAUCUCAGAGCCCCCGCUCGCUGCCUCCCUCCAGCCCAGCCCGACCUGCUGCUCGUUCCUCUACUGCCAUCUCCUCCUCACCUCUCCUCACGGCACCACACAAGUUACAAGGGACCUCUGGCCCGCUGCUUUUAACUGAAGAGGAGAAACGCACCUUGAUUGCUGAGGGCUACCCCAUUCCUACCAAGCUGCCCCUCACCAAAGCAGAGGAGAAAGCACUGAAGAGGGUCAGGAGGAAAAUCAAGAACAAGAUCUCUGCUCAGGAGAGUCGCAGGAAGAAAAAAGAAUAUGUGGAGUGUCUAGAGAAAAAGGUUGAGACAUACACAUCAGAAAACAAUGAACUCUGGAAAAAAGUGGAGACCUUAGAAAAUGCAAACAGGACUCUGCUCCAGCAGUUACAGAAGCUGCAGGCUCUGGUAGCUGGGAAAGUCUCCAGACCUUACAAAAUGGCUUCAACGCAGACCGGGACCUGCCUAAUGGUGCUGGCACUCUGCUUUGUUCUGAUCCUGGGGUCCCUCAUGCCCUGUCUCCCUGAGUUCUCUUCAGCAUCACAGACGGUGAAAGCAACACCAGCACCAGACAUUUACACAACGAGUAAGAUUCAGUCACGGAGCCUCCUUUUCUAUGAUGAGGGUGCUGGCUCCUUAGAAGAGACCUAUAGCUCCUUCCUAACCAUGGACCAUCCUGAGGGGUGGGAGGCUGAAAAAGGGCAGUCUGAGGAGGGGAGGCCUCAUCUGGCCAGGACACAUGAGACGGCCAAAUAUCUGAGCAAAUCCCAGCUGGAGGCUCCCGCCCAGAACCGAACCGACCCAACUCUCACCCACCUCAAAGAGCAAUUCCACGAGAGGGAGACAAGCUCCAGUGAGACAGCUGAAUACUUGUAGCAGCUGCUGGACCUCAAGGCCUCAUCUGUCUGAUUGCAGGAUUCCCUCCUCACCGAGCAACUGAGGGGACUUGGUGGGAGAGGACACUGCAUUCAGACACUCCACAACUGGCCUUGGGUUCAGCUCCUCCCCUUCCCCGUGCCCCUGUUAGUACUGGUCUCUCUGAGGGGAGCCACAGGACUGCCAGAACCAGCAGGAAAUGUCUGGCCAAGCCCUGGGACGCCCUCUUCUCCUGACCUUACCUCCUGCUAAAACGAGCACUACCCUAUGGAUGUGGGCUCUCUUUGGAGUGGUGAGAGGUCAGGGCAAGCCCUCACACUAUUCAGCUCACUCCUGGGGGGCUUAGGAGUGGGUGAUGCUGGUGCUGGAGAGAUGGCUCUGGAGAGUUUGAGCUCAUUCCUUCCCUUCCAUCUGUUAGUAUACUUCUGCUUCCAUUGAGAGAAAACCUAGUUCUUCCUUGCCCUAGUUUUUCUCUUGAUGGACCUGCCUAUGUAACUUCCAUGCCAACUAUCUGCAAAGAUCUGCACACAAACGGAGUGGGGGGGACAGAUCCCAGACAGAUAAAUUGCCCUAACAAUUAGCCAGCAGCUUCUGGGCAACCAGAGCUCUGAAACAGAGAACAAUUUUCCCCCACCAACCCACUUCUCCCCACCCUCAGCACCCUUGCUUUGGCAGGGGGUGCUGUUUCCCUUCCCAUUCCCACAGCUUGGGCCCUACAGUGCAGUGCUACCCAGGUCAGUGGCCUUCUCACUUUCCAUCCUGCAGGCCUCUUCCUCUGAGAGUGGGUGAGACCAAGCCUAUCCCAGCUCUCCAUCCCCAGUCCUGCCUCAUCUUUUUAGACACCCCUGAGGAGAGUCAUGUGGUCCAGGGAGGGCUGUGGGAUCUCCUCACAUCCCCUGUGCCCGCAGCAGUGCUGUGAAAGCCACUGGGGACAUCGUGGCAUUGCUGCUGACAGGUACAUCAGUCAGGAAAGAGGUGGCCUGUUGGAAUUUGCCAGGGUCACCAAAGGCUGGUUUCACAGAAUCACCAGGGUUGGAAGGGACCUGGAAAAAGCUCAUCCAGUGCAACCCCCCUGCCAGAGCAGGACCACCUAGAGCAGGUCACACAGGAACUCAUCCAGGUGGGGUUUGAACGAUUUAGACCUCUUCCUUCUAAGUGCUGCCACCAAAGGCAGCAAACUCUUGCCACACCACCCUUCAGGCCAGGCUUACCUGGUUUGGUGCUGAAAUGACCUCAUCUCAAGCCUAUGCCAUCCUCUUGAGCACCCAGACACCCAUUUCUGCCCCUUCUUCCUCCCCACUGAAAGGCUCAAGCGUCUCCUCGCUCCGUUCCCUCAGCUGCUGUUUGAUGGAAGGACAAUGUGGGACGUGAGUGUGGGAGGUCUGGUCCCUGUGUGCUCAGCCAGCUCUCACAGCAGCUUCCUCUUGGGCUUGUCUCUCUUCAAGCACCCUGGACUCACUCUGCACCAGCCCAGCCUCUCCUCUGCCCCCAGGCUGGGAGGGGAGAGGGCUCCCUGGAGAGGAAAGAUGAGAUGGCUCUUGUUGAAAGACUGGGAGAAGUGAGGGAAGGGCCCUCACGUCCCUCUUUUCUCCCUUUUGAAAACUGGUUUAGCCCCUUGAAGCCAUUUAGGACAAAUUUGGACACAGCUAGCCACAACCUAGCAGGGUGAGGAAGAGGAAGGCCCUCAGCAGAGCUCUGCUCUUCUCGAGGUUCCCCCAGGACUCUCUGGUCAGCAGAUCCCGCUGCAUUCCCCAUCCUCCAGCCCAGCACCAAGAACCACUGCCGGGUCCAAGCACACCCUCCUGCCCCUGCCCCCUCCUCUGGGCACGUCCCCGUGCCUCCCACUCCCACCGUUGUACAGAGACCAAGAGCAGAACUCGUUUGUACAUAAUGAACCUUGUUUUGUAUUAUUGCUGAUCCCUUAAGAUAUUGUAUUUUGGAGACUCUCAGAUCCUAUUUUCAGUAUUGUAUUUUAUUAAGAGUUAGUGCGGGCUUGGCAUCUCUCAACUUCUUUUCCUUGUUAGCAGCUCACUUUCCCCUUAUACUCCAGCUGCUUCUUUCUUCUGUUUUGUUCCUCACUUGGGUGUGUUUCUUUUUUGGUUUGGUUUUGUGGUUUUGUUUUGGUUUGGGGGUUUUUUUUCAGGCCACCUUUCCCCCCCUCCUCCUGCCACUCGCU